AUGGCGACCCUCGUCAGCUUCUCCAUUGCCGACGAACGCCAACCCGGCCCCAACUUUCCCCUAUUCAACUCAGAAAUCAAACCCUUCGAAGCAGACCUCACCAAUCCCACCACCCCUCCAUACAACUCCCCACUCACCGACCACCACACCUGGAUCCACGAAGCCCAACAACGGUUCCUCGAAGGCAAAGAAAACGAAUGCUACUACAUCUGCUCCCUCAUGCUCGUGCAACCCAAACUCAGCGAUCUCAACGCGGCCGCGGCUCUCUGUCUCCAAGGGACGGCAUACGAGUACGAUCCCAGAAACGCGAGAAAUAGGAUUUAUCAUUCGAUUGCUAGAGCGUUGGGGAUCUAUAAAAUGGUUGGGAAUAGAAUAGGUGCGAGAGUUGGUGUGGAGAAGAUGAAUGGCAUUGCGCUUACUGUGAGGAUGGCGGCGCGGGGAAGGGUUGGGGAUAAAGGGGCGAAGAGGAAGGAGUUGUUGAAAGUUGUCACGGGUUGGAUGCAAUGA